GGAGGAGGCGUGAAGGAAGCCGGAGCUCAGGAUGUAGCCCUGCGAGGAGCGGCUCCCCGGCACGGGGACCCCGCAGGGAUCAUCCGGCAGAAUGAGGAAGUUCCGUGCAAGGUUCUGACACCAUGAAGGGCUAUCAUGGGGAGCGCAGCCAAUCACAGAGCUCCACAGGGCACCCGUGUCACUGCAUCCCAGAGGACUGUGACCAGCCCCUGGACUACAUCCGCCACGGCCAGGAAUCCAGGCAGCCGUACCUCCUCAGCCCCAGUGAGCCUUGUUCUUUGGAUCACCGCUACUGCCCCUCUCGGAGUGCUGGAAUCCCUGCUGAGUGCACAGGCGGGCCGAUGAGCCUGACCGAGCCGCUCUCCGCCAGCAGCAGCAGCACCUUCCCCAGGAUGCACCACAUGCAGCAGCAGUACGACUCCUGUGACGAAUGCAUGGCGGCAACCCACCCCUCCAACAAGAUCAACCGCCUGCCCCCCAACCUGCUGGACCAGUUUGAGAAGCAGCUGCCGCUGCACCAUGACGGCUUCCACACGCUGCAGUACCAGCGGGCCAGCAGCACAGAGCAGCGCAGCGAAAGCCCCAGCCGCAUUCGCCACCUGGUCCACUCCGUCCAGAAGCUCUUCGCCAAGUCCCACUCCCUGGAGGCCCCGGCCAAACGGGAGUACAACGGCACCAAGAUGGAGGGCCGGGGGGAUGGGUACCACCAUCACCACCAUCACCACCAGUCCCGGCACGGCAAGCGAAGCAAAAGCAAAGACCGCAAGCUGGACUCCCGGCACCGGCCCAAGAUGAUGGGCUGGUGGAGCUCUGACGACAACCUGGACAGUGACAGCAGCUACCUGGUGUCCGGCCGGCACGCCGUGGACCAGGGCACCCAGUACUGUGUGGAUGCUCCUGAAAGUGCCUUCAGAGACUUGACCUUGAAGAGUCUAAAAAGUGGGGGGGAGGGCAAGUGCCUGGCCUGCGCCGGCAUGUCCAUGUCGCUGGACGGUCAGACGCUGAAGAGGAGUGCCUGGCACACCAUGACAGUCAGCCAAGCCCGGGAGGCGUAUCCCAGCUCGGGAGGCAGCCAGGAGAAAGCUUUGGUACUGCAGGAGGCAAAAGCCAAAGACAGAGGCUACCAUUACCUUCAGGUGCCGCAGGAUGAGUGGAGCAGCUACCCAGCGGUGGGGAAGGAUGGCGAGAUCCCCUGCCGGCGGAUGCGGAGCGGCAGCUACAUCAAGGCCAUGGGGGACGAUGACAGCGGUGACUCGGAAGCCAGUGCCAAGGUGUCUCCCAAGGGCUUGUCCCGGCGAGAUGGCUACCGCCGCUCCUCCAGUGUAGACCAGGCCAGGACUAAGUUUGCAAGUAGGCACUAUUCUGAUUCAUAUAUCUGUAACUGUCCCAGCUGCUGCACCCCGCCCAGAAUGCACCCUCGGGGACAGGGCUACGGACGCUCCUUCACCACCGGCCAGAUCAACGAGGAGCUGAACCACCAGUUUGAGGCGGUCUGCGAGUCCGUCUUCGGCGAGGUGGAGUCCCAGGCCGUGGAGGCGCUGGACCUGCCUGGCUGCUUCCGCAUGCGGAGCCACAGCUACCUGCGGGCCAUCCAGGCAGGCUGCUCCCAGGACGACGACUGCCUCUCGCUCUUCUCCAUGUCCGUCCCGCCCAGACCAGCCAUCACCAGCAGCAUCCUGAAGCCCAGCACCUCCUUCAGUUACAGAAAAGCGCCGCUUCCCCUCCCUCCAGGAAUCAAAGCCAAGCCCCUGACCUCAGUCACGGCACAGAGCAGCAUUCAGUCCACCCACGAGAGCUACCUCCCCAGCGAGGUCUCCCGGAGCCCCUCGUGGUCCAAAGAUGCCGCGGCUCGCUGCAACUCCACGGAGAGCUUGGAGAACUCCAAGGUAACAGCCAUCUCCUUGGAUCUGCCUGCCGUCCAGCCCCGGGGCUCUCCCAAGCCGUCCACACUCAUCAUCAAGGCCAUCCCUGGCCGGGAAGAGCUGAGGAGCUUGGCACGGCAGAGGAAAUGGCGCCCGUCCAUUGGAGUUCAGGUUGAGACUAUAUCUGAUUCCGACACAGAAAACAGGAGCCAGAGGGAAUUCCACUCCAUCGGGGUGCAAGUGGAGGAAGACAAAAGACGGGCCCGGUUCAGGCGCUCAAACAGCGUGACGGCCGGUGUGCAGGCAGACCUGGAGCUGGAAGGCUUCACGGGCCUGUCGGUGGCCACAGAGGACAAGGCCUUGCAGUUUGGGCGGCCCUUCCACCGGCACUCCUCAGAGCCAGACGCGUCCAGCCGGCAGUACUCGGUGUUCAAGACGGUGCACACACAGGGUCAGUGGGCCUACCGGGAGGACUACCAGAUGCAGUAUGACACCGUGGAGGUGCCCCGGCGGGACUCCUGGAUCAACAGGGGCUCCCGCAGCCUCCCUGACUCUGGCAGGGCCUCUCCCUGCCACCGGGAUGGGGAGUGGUUCAUUAAGCUACUGCAGACUGAGGUGGAGAAGAUGGAAGGCUGGUGCCAGCAGAUGGAGCGAGAGGCCGAGGACUAUGACCUGCCAGAGGAGAUCCUGGAGAAGAUCCGGAGCGCCGUGGGCAGCACCCAGCUCCUGAUGUCCCAGAAGGUGCAACAGUUUUUCCGACUCUGCCAGCAGAACAUGGACCCUAAUGCGUUCCCCAUGCCCACCUUCCAAGACCUGGCUGGAUUCUGGGACCUCCUGCAGUUGUCCAUUGAGGACGUCAGCUUGAAGUUCGCGGAGCUUCAGCAGCUCAAGGCCAAUGGAUGGAAACUCAUCGAGCCCAAGGAAGAGAAGAAGGUCCCUCCCCCGAUACCAAAGAAGCCGCCACGCUCCAAGGUGCACCCGGUGAAGGAGCGCUCCCUGGACUCCGUCGACCGGCAGAGGCAGGAAGCCAGGAAAAGGCUCCUGGCAGCCAAGAGAGCUGCCUCCUUCCGCCAGAACUCAGCCACCGAGAGCGCAGACAGUAUCGAGAUCUACAUCCCCGAGGCACAGACCAGGCUGUGACCAGAGUCCUGGCUUUUCUACUGCACUGUACAGAGAGUACAUAGCUCACUGUGAUGGCCGAGGCCCGAGCUACAGGGACCCCCCCAGGGCAGCUCUCGGCCCACUUACAGCUUCUCGACUUAUCGUCUACGAUUCAUGGAUCUGACGGUGAAUGAACACAAGCCUGGUUCUGUCCUGCCCUCGUGCCCCUCCCCGUGGGGCAGGACUCUGCCCAGCCUUGCCUGCCCAGAAGCCCCUUCCUGGUUUCUCCCCAAGCCCUCUGUCUGCCCUGAAGCCUUUUCUGCCCCCUAUCUCCCCUCCUUCUUGCAGCUCCUUCCUGUCCCUUCCCUGCACACUCCCUGGUGGCCACCUGUACCCUCCUUUCAGAGCUCUUUGUACCUUGCUCCUUGCAGGCCCCCUCCUCUUUGUGUCCCCUUCUCCUCUCCUCAUGCCCUCCCUCUUCUCCUGCUUUCCCCCUUAUAUUGGAGAGGGAGGAGCCCCCCCAGCUCAGCUGAUGGGGGGGCAGGCACCUCCCCUGCACCUCCGUGUGUCCUUCCCCCAUGGUUGCGCCACCUUUAGCUUCUCCCAUUUCCUCAAUUCAAUGCAAACAAAGCGUCUUACGGGGGGAAGCUCCGCUGAGCUCCUGCCAAAGUCACCAUUCCCAGCCGCCCGGCGGACCAGCUUCCUUUGAUGGCCUGAGGCUUCGGGCCGUGGCGGGCAUGAGGGGCAGUCCCUCCACGCACCCCGACCAUGGUUCAGUCCCAUCCCUGCCUCUUACUUGGGCACCUCGGGGAAUCCAUGGUCAUAGACCUAUAUACAUAUAAUCGAAGGAAUAAAACAAAAACUACACAUGACCACAGCUGUGUUCCUGCUGGUGAGACUGGGAUCAGAUCUUCAGGAAAUCCAUGACAGCAGCAAAACCAGCCCCCGCUUUCCCUACACGUACAUCAGUAAGAAUAUGCUAUGAUUUCUCUUCUUUCUUCCUUACUUUCCCUUCCUGCAAGUGAGAAUCCUGGGCCUGUGCUGGGGUGCGGCCACUCAUCACGGGAGGCUAGGAGGUGGUCAAAACUUGGCUGGUCACUUUAUCUUCCAUCCCUCUUUGAUUUCCCCACCAGCUGCUGGUCUGACCAGAUUAUCCUGGGAGUGGAAUUCGAGGGAGAGGUUGGGGGCCGGGAGAGGUAGUGUCUUUGGAGCAGCAUUUGGAUUCUGUCUGGCAAUGGCAAGGGCUGGCAGAAGCUGAGCUCUCUGGGGUUGGGUUUCCCUGGCUGCUUUCCCCCCUCCUGUUAGACGGACAUAGAAACAAGCCUGGCCUUUCAAGUGACCAAUCAUGCAGGGUAUUGCUCCCGAGCCACGUGUAGGGCACUGGUUCUGACCCAUCUGCAUCUGGUUUAAAGACACGGCUGUCCCCAGGGGCCAGGCCAGAGGAGAUGGCAGGGAAUGGCAAAUGUGCCAUUGACAACCUAUCUUGCCUUAGGAGGAAGAGGACCUGCUGUUGUGUCUCUGGGAUGUUGCUGUGACGGCUCCUUGUGUUGUAUUUACGAUUGUUAAGGAAGGUGAGGAAAACCCUUGGAGCUGUCACCCGCACAGACGAAGCUCCAGCAGGCGAGGGUACCUGGGGACGACGUUUAUGUGGACGAGCUGGUCUGUCUGAAUGUCGGGGGG